AUGUCUAUUUUACAGCACACGUCAAUCUGCGUCGUCCUCGCACUAGAGGCGGCUGACAAGGUUGUGUCCCAAUGGAGGAUGAUGUCGGUGAUGGACCAGACCAAGAAGAUGGUGAACCAAGAGUCCUUUCUCCAACAAAGGAUCACCAAAGCCACCGAGUCUUGGAGGAAGGCGCGGAGAGAGAACAAAGAGCUGGAGAUGAAAAACAUCAUGUUUGAUUGUCUUAGUGGCAAAACUUUGGUUUCUCGUCUCCCGAAAUGUGAUCUUCGAGAUUUCGGUUCUGUCAUUGAACAACAUCUCAAAGAUGUUAAUCGUAGGAUGGAGAUUCUGAAGAGGAAUGAUGAUGAAUCAUCUUCGUCCCUUGUUCCUAUUGAUGCCGCUACGACAUCAAGUGUCAUGCCUAUGAUUGAGAUGGGUUCUUCAUCAUCAAGUGUCAUGCCUAUGAUUGAGAUGGGUUCUUCAUCAUCAAGUGUCAUGCCUAUGAUUGAGAUGGGUUCUUCAUCAUCAAGUGUCAUGCAUAUGAUUGAGAUGGGUUCUUCAUCUGUUGGAUUUCAUGAUAAGAUUCGUGAUCAAAUUCAGAAGACUUUGAAUAUGAAGAACACCAAUAAGGAUUUGGAUCUGAAUAAGAAACAGUGGUGAUCAGAAUUCAAUCAUAUCUUAAGUUUUCAUUAUUUAAAUUUUCAAUAAACCUUUAUAUUUGAGUUCUGUUUGUUUUAGUUACAUGUUUGGGUUGGUCUUGACAUGUUGUUGUUUUUUUGUCAUGAAUGAAAUCUCAUUUUCUCUA